CUUGCCAACACUAGAACAGCACAUGCGAUGGCAGCCGCACAACAAACCGAUUUCCAAAAGAAUUUUCGCUUAAUUGUCGAGAAGAUCUUCAACCACUGGCAAGAUCUCCGGUUGGCUGUUGAGCAUGGCAUGGGUGGACGCAAUGGACAGCAGGUGGCCAUCGAAAUCAUGGACUACACCUACCAGUACUGUGUAUCCAAUGAAAACAUCACCCAAGGUGAGCUGCAAGAGGUCCUGGAGGAACUGAUGGACCAGGAGUUCAACACCCUGUGCGACGACGACUCCAUUCCGGAGAUCUGCAGGAAUCUACUGCGUUACAAGCUUCUGGCCCAACAGAAUCAAUAUCCUCAAAUUGAGACUGAGCUAAGCAAACUUCCUGCUGGCAAGGAGUGGCUGCGUCCGGAUGUGAAGAUCACUUACACACCAAUUGAAGGUGAUUCUUCCUCCGAUGAUGACAUGGAUGAGGAUGACGAGGAGGAUGAUGAAAUGGGCGAGGACGAGGAGGAUGCUCCCACAAGUAGUGGGAGGAUGACCCGCUCACAGACCCGCAAACAGCAAGCCCAGGAAUUCGUGGAGCCCGAAGAGGGCUGGACCACCGUGCGAAGAAAGUGAUUUGCUUGUUCGAAAAUUAAAGCCCCGUUUAGUUUUUUAGUUGUAA